AUCCUCAGCCAAGGGGUCAGCCAGUAUCCCAGAAUCCUCAGUGACAGUGGAGCCCGCCGUGUCUGCGGCAAGUGAAAGGCCGACAACAUGCCUCACCGGAAAAAGAAGCAGUUCAUUGAGAAGAAAGGCUCGGUGAAGUUUCACCUGGUUCACCGGAGCCAGAGGGACCCGCUGGUUGCUGACCAGACAGCCCCGCAGAGAGUGCUGCUGCCCGCUGAGCGGAAGGAAUGCAGAGAGAAGAGGAAGGAGGAGGAGAGGGAGUUCGGGGUCUUCUUUGACGAUGACUAUAACUACCUGCAGCACCUGAAGGAGGCUUCACCCACAACUGAGCUGGUGGCCUCCAGUGCCCCGGCCAGGGAGAGCAGGAUCGUGGUCACACAGGAGGGCCAUGUGCAGGAGGAGACGCAAUACAUCCCUGCUCCUUCGAUUAAUCUCCCCUCGUCAGUCUUUGCCUCGGAGUUUGAAGAGGAGACCGGGCUUCUGAACAAAGCGGCACCAGUGACAGGCCCUCGCUUGGACCUGGACCCAGAUAUUGUAGCCGCUAUGGAUGAGGAUUUUGACUUUGACAAUCCUGAGAACGUGCUGGAGGACGACUUUAUCCUGCAGGCGGUCGUAGCCGGCGAUCAACAGAGGGGAUCGGAGGAAGAGGACGACGGUGAUUGGGAGGACGUGGAGGAUGAGGAAGGUGCCUUUGACUCUGACGGUCCCCUGUCAGAGGGGGAGGGGUUCGGGGGGCAGGAGUUCCUGUUCCUGAAGGAGGAGACCAAGAGCCUUUUCACUGACUACUCCAUGACCUCGUCUAUCAUGCGGAGGAACGAUCAGCUCACCUUCCUGGACGACAGGUUUGAGCGGCUAUUUGAAGAAUACGAUGAUGAUGAUAUAGGAGCCUUGGACCAUCAUGAGCUGGAAGGUUUCAUUCAGGUUAGCAGCUCGAGGUUGGAGGAGGUGAUUGCCGAAUACUACACACAGAAAGGAAAGGACCUUCAGAGACCCGACGACUUGGGCCCGAGAGCAGACGUGCUGUGUGAAAGUGAGGAGAGUGGAGACGAGGAGAUGGAGAUGGUGAUCAUCGAGGAGCCCAGAGAGAAGUGGGAUUGCGAGUCCAUUCUGAGCACCUAUUCUAACCUGUACAACCAUCCAAAACUGAUAGAGGAUCCGCCUAGGCAUCAGCCGAUCACGGUGUCCAGACGGACAGGCAUCCCCCUGAACGUCCUUCCCAAAAGGGGCCUGACCGCUAAACAGCUGGAGAACAUGGAGAGGAUUAACAUCAGUGACCUGCCCACCGUCUCCGCACAACCUCGCCAGCCAGGAGAGAACAAGGACCAGCGCAAAGCCAGAAAGCAGGCAGUGAGAGAAGAGAGAAGGGAGAGACGUAUGGAGAAGAAAAGCAACAAGCUGGCUUUCAAGGUGGAGAAAGCCCGUCAGGAGAAGCAGAUGCUUAACCUCCGACAGAACUUACAGGGGAUCAAGCUGUGAGUCAGGAGGAGGUGCAGGCCAAGGAAACACAGUGAUUGAUCCUCACCCUCCUCCUCUCCCUCCUCCUCCAUCCAGCUCCCCAAGGGAGGGUGGAGAGAAGACUGUACAUCCCUGGGCAGGACUGAGAUUCGGGAAGAAAUUGUGGCUUUUGCUUCCUGCUCGCAAUCCUCCAGAAAAACACUCGUGCCUUCCAAUCCGGCCUUGAACAAGCCCUUAAGCUUUACUGUGUGAAACACUCGUGUGCUUUUGAAACUUACAGACAUCUCUCUUUCUCUCGCAAGAAAACAAUAGGAGUGUUUGCAGAGUGCUGGGGGGAGUGGGGCCAACCACGUCCCAUUUUAAGAGGAAGGGGUGGGGCGGAGGAGUUGAACUUCCAGAUGUCCACUCUGCCGUGUUGGAGGCUGACGUCUUGAAAGGAGAGACUAGUCCUUCACCCCAUCUGUGGUUUGCACUCGCUGCCUCCAUUGAACACAACUAAUAUAUUUCUCAACCAACAAUGUAUUUCUCUUUAGUUUGUUAAUCUGCGUUCAGUUACCCAGUAGAAUAAUGUAAGUGACGAGAGGCCCUGAUUCUGAUAAAAAUCUUUCCUAAAA